CCUCUCUGCGCGCCCGGCUCCUCGGAGCCUCCCGGCGCCGCGCGCUCUCCGCUCAGCCCCGCCAUUACCUGCGGCCGAGGCCGGACGCCGGCGCGGUGGAUUGAAUACCCUCUAAGAUACUUUCUGAGUCUCUCUGUGGCAACAGCAAGUCACCUUUAAAUAAUUGCUCCGGAAAGAGUGAUACAUCCAUGGCCAUUGCUGUGGCUCUGUGUUGUACUUCAGGGAAUCUUAACCUUUGGUGAUUUUUUUUUCUCUGAGAAUUCAAUUUUUAAAAUCUAGUAUCAAGUGUUACCGUUUUAAAGUGGAAGAAGCAACUCCUCUAAAGAGACUUCCCGAGUUAGGAAGGAAACGGGCUCUCCACUCCCUGUGUUUAUCAGACUGCUUCUCCUGAGCCAUCCCGGAGCAGACUUGAGUUAAUGAAAGUGAAGAGUAUUUGCUGACCCAUCAAAUUUUGUCUUGGCCCCAGGUGUGAACAUCACAAAUGUCUUCAAAUGACGGAGGAAGAUCCAGGAAUCUGGACAGGCGCUACGAUGAGGUCCCAGGGGACUUGGACUAUCAAGAUGGCACCAUAAGAACCUUGCAGACUCUUCACGACAGCGAGCUGGCCGUGAGCGCUGAUCCGUUGCCACCACCCCCUCUCCCAUUACAGCCACCAUUCGGUCCAGACUUCUACUCAAGUGACACGGAGGAACCGGCCAUAGCUCCGGAUCUCAAGCCUGUAAGGCGCUUUGUCCCCGAGUCCUGGAAGAACUUCUUCAAAGGGAAGAAAAAGGACCCCGAAUGGGAGAAGCCGGUGGCAGACAUCAGAUACAUCUCGGAUGGAGUGGAGUGUUCACCUCCAGCCUCUCCUGUGAGACCAAACCACCGUUCAGCCGCCAGCUCCUAUGAAGAUCCUCAAAGAGGGUCAGAAGGCAUCUGUAAUUCCCGGAAGGAGGCUGAUGCCAUGUUUCCCCAUGAUCCCUACGGAUCUCUGGGGCGACACACACAGACAGCCCGGACAUACAGUGAGCAGGUGGAGGUGUACAAGCUCAAGUAUUCCUACAUGAAGUCGUGGGCAGGCCUGCUGAGAAUCCUGGGCGUGGCGGAGCUGCUCCUGGGGGCCGGCGUCUUCGCCUGUGUCACCGCUUACAUUCACAAGGACAGCGAGUGGUAUAACAUGUUUGGCUAUUCACAGCCCUACGGCAUGGGUGGCGUCGGUGGCCUGGGCAGUGUGUAUGGGGGCUACUACUACAGCGGCCCCAAGACCCCUUUUGUACUCGUGGUCGCCGGAUUAGCUUGGAUCACCACCAUUAUUAUUCUGGUUCUUGGCAUGUCCAUGUACUACCGGACCAUUCUUUUGGACUCAAACUGGUGGCCCCUCACUGAGUUUGGAAUUAAUGUCUCCUUGUUUAUUUUGUAUAUGGCUGCAGCCAUAGUCUACGUGAACGAUACCAACCGAGGUGGCCUCUGCUACUACCCGUUGUUUAACACGCCUGUGAAUGCAGUGUUCUGCAGGGUAGAAGGGGGGCAGAUAGCAGCCAUGAUCUUUCUCUUUGUCACCAUGAUUGUUUAUCUCAUCGGAGCUCUGGUCUGCCUAAAGCUAUGGAGGCACGAGGCAGCUCGGAGACACAGGGAAUACCUGGAACAACAGGAGAUAAGUGAGCCAUCGUUGCCACUGAAAAGGAAAAUGUGUGAAAUGCCCACCUGUGGUGACAGACAGAGAGACCAAGAAGUUAAUUGUAAAGAACUGAAAGCCACAAAGAUGAAACCUGAGCUACUGAGUGGACACAUUCCCCCAGGCCACAUCCCUAAACCCAUCGUGAUGCCGGACUAUGUGGCGAAAUACCCUAUGAUUCAGACAAAUGACGAACGAGAACGCUAUAAAGCUGUGUUCCAAGACCAGUUUUCAGAGUACAAAGAACUCUCCACCGAAGUUCAGGCUGUCCUGAAGAAGUUGGAUGAGCUGGAUGCAGUGAUGAGCAGAUUGCCACAUCGUUCAGAAAACCAGCAGGAGCGUGAGAGGAUUUCAAGAAUCCAUGAAGAGUUUAAGAAAAAAAAGAAUGAUCCUACGUUUCUGGAAAAAAAAGAACGCUGUGAUUAUCUGAAAAAUAAACUUUCUCACAUAAAACAAAGGAUUCAAGAAUAUGACAAAGUAAUGAAUUGGGAUGUCCAAGGUUAUCCUUAAAACUUAUUUGAGACCACUAUUUUUUAUAUCAAACUUCAUAUUUAUUUCCUGUCUUGUUUAUGCUGGUCUCUGUGCUAGAGAAGCAGAGGCCUCCUGAAUCAGCUUCUAGUUGGUUUAGCUGGUACGCUGCGUUCAAACAGCAUGUGAUUUCAGACAUUUCAAAACAAAUUGAAGUUGACUAAGGGCCUUUACUAGGAGUGGAAGGAAUUUUGUAUUCAUCUGUGCACAAUUUAUAUUUAUGUCGUUGAAGUUAAAAUUGAUUUGGAGAUUGUAUCCUUGUGGCGGGAUGAACCAGUGAAGUAUCAGUUCUGGUGCUGCCUUUUCCUUUCUCACUUAGGCUGGUUCCUGGGACUUUUCUAGGAGCAAUUUCUCUUUUUAGCCAAAGAUGUCAUUUCUUCCCUGCAAAGGGGUUGGAAUCAGAAAUCAACAUUUUCAAGCCUUAUGAUCUUGGGCAAGUUGCUUAAUCUGUCUGUGCCUAUUUCCUCAUCUGUAAAAUGGGGCUAAUCAUAGUACCUACCUCAUAGGGUCGUUUUGAGGAUGAAAUGAGCUAGUAUUCGCAGAGCACUUAGAAGAGAGCCUGGCACAUUAUCAGCACUGCGUUAGUGUUUGUGAACUAUAUAGACAUCUGUGUGGAAUGAAUAAACUACCUAGAACAAGGAAGGGUCCUUAAUGAGCAAGUCCAGCAGCUAACCCAAGGUCACGUGCCUCAGGACUUUCUUCUUUUGUGCUAUAAAUAACUCUUAUACACACAUAGUCUUAAGUAGAUGCUUCCCUGUGGUCCUGUGCCCACCAGGGUCCAGCACGCUUUCUCCUCUUUAACUGGCAUCACCAACCACGGAUCUGCAGAUCCCCACAGCCCAGCCAUUUCUGUAUAGCUCAAGUAGAAGGCUUGUGUGAAUAUUGUUGCCGUUUCUGUCCUGUUUAAACAUCCAUUCUAAGACCCUGUGAUGUUAUAGCUACUUAAAAAUUUCCCUUUGAUUUAUUGGGAUGUUUCAUUGUCCCAAGAAUUAUCUUGGUUUGGGGGCUUUUUUCAUGAGAAAUGUUUUAUUUUAAUUAAUAUGAUCAAUGGACUGACUGCCUUUAAAAAGUUUUUUAAAAAAUCAUUGCUUUUGUGCAUAUUAUCCAUGACUCUAUUGUAUAUUCUAAGAACUUACAUUAAUUCAUUCCUGUGGCUUUUAAGGCCUCUUUCAAAGGAAAAAUUGUAUUUGCUUAUGUCAACACUAUUAUUUGUUUAUUAUUAUGUGAACAUUGGAAUGAAAUAUUCUUUUGAAAUAAAAUAAUAAUAAUAAUAAUAAUAAAUUAUUGUUUUUGGAUCCUAUUCAGCAGCAUCUGACUUGCAGAUAAUUUCCUAGGUGUAGAGAUAAAAUUUCUGCUGAAUAUAGCUGCCAUUCAAACAAUUAAUGGUCAAAAGACUUUCUAAGGAGAUGAAACCAAAGAAAAGCAUGUGGAAAAGCAAAGGCAUAAAACGUAUCGGUUACUGAACAAACUUCCUAGUUUUUCUUUGUCAAUGAAAUCUUAUUAGUGUUUAUUGUGAAUAUUUUAAUUCCAUGGUUCUUAGACUAUGCAUAGUUGUCAGACUACGAGUCUUAAGAGGUGAUACCUAGGGACGUGUGAGACCCCCUCUAGGAACGCCCCCCCCCCCAGACUAGGACAGCUUCGCUUUCUGUUUUACCUAUCGGGGCCCCAUAUUAACAUUUCACUUAAGAAGAGCUCCAGUGCUUUAAAAAAAUGAUGAAAUAAUACCAUUUUGGUAGACUGUAAAGAGUUAGAUUAAUAUUGAAAUGAAGUGUUAAGGAAAUUUAACUUUGUGAAACUUUAUUUUACUACAGUUGUAAAUGUUAAUCUUUGAAAACCAGUGUUGUACUGCUGACUUUUACAGUUUUUAUGUCCAUACCCAGGCAUAUUAAAGUGUCAUUUACCUCUUG